GAUCAGUCUUUGUUAUGAGGGGGGGGGAAGUGUUUUUAGGCUCUGGUUUCGCCAUGUCCCCCUUUCCUUUCGCCCGAACUGAUUAUUGCUGUAUACCGCCUCCCAGUUUGUCCAUCGUCAUAUCCGGAUAUGUUGUGGCAAGUCGCCAUUUGUAAAUUCGCAUUGCAUCUCUGGUCGCGGUCAUUGCUAUCUUGUUGUUUUGAUUCAAGAAUCACUCGUUUCGCUCUUGCCUGGUUGCUGCGCGCCUUGGCAGAGUGCUCUUCGCAUUCUCUUGCUGCAAGCCGGCGAGAGUUUUAUGGUGCUGGCAAAGAGAGUUCGGAGGGUUGUGGGAUGAACCGGAUGGCUGCAGAGGAAGGUGCCUCUUCACCGUCAUCACAAGUUUAUUCGAGAUCGUGCUGCCCAAGCCUGUAUCGUCGCUCGAUUGCCAACCAAGACGAGGAAUAAUCGCACGGCUGGUCCUCUGCAGCCCACAGACCAGCUGGGCCUCAGGCCCGUGGUGGCUGAUAGGUUGGAACGUGAC